UUUGUAUAAUUGAUCAAUCGACACCAUGUUGGAGCUCCCUGCUAUCGAUUUCUCAAGCUCCACUACCAUUGUGGCGGCGCAGAUCCGCAAAGCACACGACAAGUUUGGCUUCGUUCGCCUAGUGAACCAUGGCGUCCCGGUGGAGCUGCUCCAGAGGGUGCUGGAUCACCAAAAGGAGUUCUUCGCGCAAGAUCUCGACUAUAAGAGCAAGUUCUUGGCGGAUUCCGGCUACCGCACAGAGGGCUUCAAUCCUUCUCCUUCCAACGUUGGGAUAAAGAUCAAACGCGAGCAUCUCUACUUGUUCUUGCGGCCGCUCUCGAGGAGAGAUCCACGGAAGUGGCCAGACUCUCACAAGUAUAGUUCUUUUCCGAGAGUUUUAUACGUUUCUUAUCACUGUUUCAGGGAUUUGGUAGAAGAGCUGGGAGUUUGCUCCACCAAAGUCUACGAGAAACUUAUAGUUGCGCUAUCCAUGGCCUUGGAUCUAGAUCCACUCUAUCUGCGAGACACUUUGUGCCAAGGUGAAUUGAAGCAAACCUUCUGCACUUUCAGCUAUCCAAACAACGAGAAGGAAGAAGAGAGAGAUGAGAUUUAUGGAGUUCCAGAGCAUACAGAUAUUGGAACUUUGGUUCUCCUCUUUGCCGAUGGAGUCCCAUCUUUGCAAGUGCUCCUUGAAGGAGAUGGCAAGUGGCAUACAGUGAAACCACUCCCUGGAUCUUUCAUCGUGAGCUUCGGAGAGAUCAUGGAGGUGAUGAGCAAUGGAAUCUACCGAGCUACUACUCAUAGGGUGACCUUGGACAAGUGCAAGCCACGCUGCUCGUGUGCUAUCACCUUUGAGCCAUCGGAGAAAGCCCAGAUCGGCCCUGCGAGCUCGCUGCUGGACAAGAGUCGCCAUUCCAGAGUUUGCUACCGGCGCUUCAUCUAUGGAGAAAGAUAUAAAGAAUACGAAGACGGCAAGUUUCUGAAAGAUUUUGCGAAGUCCUGAGACUGCACUCAUGUCAAUAAUAUCUCAAGAAUCUAUAGAACUAUCGUAAAAUGAUAGAAACAAUGAAUUAUAAUUUUAUUAUAAUUAUAUUAAAA